AUGGACGACCAGUACCAGAACCAGCAGCCACCGCAGGAGGGUGAGACGUGGGGCGAGGGCCAGGGCCAGGGCCAGGCUGAUGGCUAUGGGUACCAGGCGGACUACCCAGCCCAGGAGGAGGAUGCCCGCAGUGACGACACGGAGGGGGCGGACGACGAGGAGCAGAUGUACGAGGGAGAGUACCAGGGCGUGCCGCACCCCGACGAGAUCAAGGCCGCGCGACGGGCAGCCAGGGCGGAGGCACGGCGGAAGGCAGAGUUGGAGGCGGAAGAAGAGCAGCUACCAGAGCAGUAUGAAACCAUCAUGGAGGACUGUGGCCAUGGGCGUUUCCAGUGGCAGCUGUUCAUCGUGCUGGGCCUGGCGCUCAUGGCCGAGGGCGUUGAGUGCUUCGUGGUCGGAUUCGUCCUGCCCAGCGCCGAGAAGGACAUGUGCCUCUCCAACGCAGACAAGGGAAUGCUGGGUCUGCUGGUGUACAUUGGGAUGAUGCUGGGGUCGCUGGUGUGGGGCGGGCUGGCGGAUAAGAUUGGCCGUAAGCAGUGCCUGCUGUACGCCCUGGCCAUCAGCACGAUAUUCUCCUUCCUGUCCUCCUUCGCCCAGGGAUACGGCUCCUUCCUCUUCUUCAGGAUCUGCGCCGGCAUCGGCAUUGGUGGAAUCGUGCCAAUCGUGUACACCUACUACUCUGAGUUUCUGCAGAUGGAUAAGCGAGGAGAGCAUCUCAGCUGGCUCUGCAUGUUCUGGAUGUUUGGAGGCCUUUACGCCUCCUUUUGUGCCUGGGGAGUCAUUCCCCACUAUGGCUGGGGCUUCAGCAUGGGUUCAGAGUUCCAGGUCCACACGUGGAGAAUUUACGUGCUGGUUACCCUCCUGCCCUCUCUCGUGGCCCUGGCCGGCCUGUUCUUCAUGCCCGAGAGCCCACGAUACCUCCUGGAGGUGGCGCGUCAUGACGAGGCCUGGAUGAUCCUGAGGAACAUGCACGAUACCAACUGGAGGCACAAGGGGGAGCCGGAACGAGUAUUCACUGUGUCGCAAAUCAAGACUCCCCAGACGCAGGACGACGAGUUCAUCGAGAUCCAGAGUGAGACCGGCACCGCCUUCCAGAGGUUCACCGUCCGACAGAUGACACUCGUCAAGCAGGUGAUGAAGAACAUGAUGUCUUUGACGUCUCCUGAGCUACGGCUAACUGGCCUCUUCCUAGCCAUCAUUUGGUUCACCCUGUCUUUCAGCUACUCUGGCCUGUCGGUUUGGUUUCCUGACAUGGUGAAGAUGAUGCAGUUUGAGGAGUACGAGUCCAAGACUAAGGUCUUCCACCGGGAGAAGGUCGAGCGCUUCCACUUCAACUUCACCCUGGCCAACCAGCUUCACAAGGAGGGAGAAUACAUCCACGACAGGUUCUCCAAUAUUGAGCUGAAGGGGGUGAAGUUUGAGGACUCUCUGUUUGAGAACUGCUACUUUGAGGACGUCAGAUCCACUGAAACUUUCUUCGAGAACUGCACAAUCAAGAACACUGUUUUCUACAACACGGACUUGUGGAAGGAGAAGUUUAUCGACUGCCGCAUGGAGAACAACACGUUCCUCCACCCUAAGAAGGGCUGCCAUCUGAACUUUGAGGAGGAGAACGACAUCCUCAUCUACAUGGUCAGCUUCCUGGGCAGCCUCUCCGUGUUGCCAGGCAACAUCGUCUCCGCGCUCUUCAUGGACCGAUUCGGCAGGAUAAAAGUUAUAGGUGGCUCCAUGUUAGCGUCGGCGGGCUGUUGUGUGUUCCUCUUCGUGGCCCUGAACCAGGCCUCGCUCAUCUUCUUCCAGUGCCUCUUCUACACGCUCUGCGUGGCCGCCUGGAACAGCCUGGAGGUCAUCACGGUGGAGCUGUACCCCUCCGCCAAGAGGUGUACGGCGUUUGGCAUUCUGAACGGCCUGAGCAAGUUCGCGGCCAUCAUCAGCAGCUUCAUCUUCGGGAAGUUCGUCUACAUCACCCGCUUCAUCCCCAUCAUCCUCUCCCUCGCCGCGCUCGUCUGCGGAGGACUCCUCUCGCAGAAGAUCCCGGAAACAAAGGAGUUCAUCUUGCAGUGA